AUGUACGCACCUCGUGCAAAAUUUGAACGUAUUUAUGUUGUAUCACCAUUGAAAGUAGCUAGUCUAUUUUUAGCUAUUUUACAUUGUUUCUUUUUAAUUAUUGCUCUAUUUACAUCGUUUUGGUUAGAAACAAAAUACGGUCAUUUUGGACCAUUAUUUCGUUGUGAAAAAUCAUUGGAUUCAUUUUCAUUACCUGUUCCAAAAGUUAUUUAUAAAUGUCAUUUAUUUGAUUCAACAACAACAACAAAUAAUCAUUAUUCAAAAUGGAUGUUAAUCACGGCUAUUCUAUUAUUAACAUCAUUUUUAAUUGUAAUUUUAUCUAUUAUCAUUGGUACACUAUCGAUUGUACGUAAUUCUCAACGUCCAAGACGAACACUAUGGUUAUGUACAAUUAUUUUAAUUUUUCUUAGUUGUCUAACCGAUAUAUUUAUAUUAAUUCUUAUACCAUUAGCUUAUAACAAACAUAUAUUUCGUUUACAAUGGGCAUAUGGAUUGUUUUUUGGAGCAACGUUAUUUAUAUUCACGGCAUUUAUUAUUGCUGUUCUCCCACAUAAUGCUGACGAAAUACAAUACGUUGAGACAAUAGAAGAAACGCGUGGAGGAGAAUUACAAUCAACCGAAUAA